CAGUAUCCACCAAUAGACCCGAAUCACUGACAUCAACUUACAAGUCUUAAGUCUACACUACAUUCUCCUCCAUUGUUUCCUUCACUCUGUUCCUCCACACCCACACUUUCUCUCUCCUGAAUUACAGGAUCCUUGUGGUUUCCAUACAAUGAAACCCAGAAUGACCCCAAUCCUAGGGUUUUUGGCUCUACUUUUGAUUUCGUCGAUCUGUGAAGCUGCGAUCUUCCGCCCGAUUUCGGAUUCUCAUCGAUCUGCGGCUCGUGAGAUUUUCAAGCCAAUCGAUGGAUCUCUCAAAAGCCUUGAAGACGCUUAUGAGGCUUUAAGAACCUUUGAGAUCCUGGGAAUUGAGAAAGAUCUUGAUAUAAGCACUUCAACCUGCCCUUUGAUUGCGGAGACCUUCAAGUCUUCUUCUGCCAGUUUGAAGGAUGUCAGUUUUGCAUUGAAAUCGAAUCGUGUUCUAAAAUGCAAGAUUGACGGAGAGGAAUUUAAGGUUGUCAGCUCCAGACUCCAAGCUGCUAUUACUAAAGCAGACUCGUUGCUUGACUUCUACUAUUCAGUUGGAAGCUUGGUACUUCUUAAGGAUCAGGCUACUCAUCUAGAAAUUCAUCUUGAAAAUGCUAACCAAGUCUUCCGCUCGAUCAAGGCACUUGGUCAGAGUGAUGGGCGGUGGCGCUAUAGUUCCAAAAAACCUGAGUCCAGUACUCGUGCUGCUGGAAUAGCACUUGAAACUCUUGCUGGUGUUGUGUCAUUGACUUCAGCUGAUAUCGACCAAUCACUGAUUGGUACUCUGAAGAAUGAUAUAGUUAAACUGUUUGACAGCAUUGAGAAAUACGAUGAUGGUGCCAUGUUCUUUGACGAGAAAAUUGUUGAUGCUCUUGAAUACCAAGGCCCACUUUCAACUACGUCGUCAGUUGUUCGAGGACUUGUCGCAUUUGCUGAUGUAACUUCUGGGAAGAUUACUGUUUCAGAAAACAGAAUUUUGGGUUUGGCUAAAUAUUUUCUUGGUGUUGGAGUGCCUGGGAAUCCCCGUGAUUUCUUUGACCAGAUUGAUGCACUGGCUUUGUUGGAAAACAACCGGGUGUCAUCUCCAUUGAUCUUGUCACUCCCUUCUACUGUGCUAUCUAUUUCCAGGAAUGACCAGCUCAAGGUUAAGGUGAACACUCUACUUGGGUUUAAGGGACCUGCCGUGACAGUGAAAAUUGUGCAAGCUGCCAGUGUUGAUUCGACAAGUGCUCCUGUAAUCGAGAAUCAGGAUCUCGAGUAUGAUACAGUUGGUGGAUUUCAUGUCUUGAAUUCUUUGCCAGAGAAUAUUGAUGUUGGGAUACAUGAAUUUGUUUUCAAGGUUGUCCUCAAUGAUCCAAGUCAGAGUGAUAUAUAUGCAACAGGAGGCCGAACUUGGGUUAAAGUUUAUUUCACAGGAGAAAUCAAAGUUGAAAAUGCGGAGAUAUCUGUCCUUGAUAAUGAUCUUGGCAAUGUGGAAUCUCGGAAAAAGUUGGAAUUGUCGGCAGACAGUGCCAUUUCUCUGUCAGCAAAUCAUCUCCAGAAGCUGCGGCUCUCCUUCCAGCUGUCCUCGCCUUUGGGAAAUACAUUCAAGCCCCAUCAGGCAUUGCUGAAGCUGAGACAUGAGACAAAUGUUGAACAUGUAUUUGUGGUUGGGAACUCAGGGAAAAAGUUUGAAUUGACACUGGAUUUCCUUGGACUAGUGGACAAGCUCUACUACCUUUCUGGCAAAUAUGAUCUUCAACUAACUGUUGGAGAUGCUGUCAUGGAGAACUCUUUCUUCCGGUCCCUGGGUCAUAUUGAGUUAGAUCUUCCUGAAGCACCUGAGAAGGCAGCUAAGCCACCUCUUCAGCCAAUUGACCCUCUCUCGAGGUUUGGACCCAAAGAAGAAAUAACACACAUAUUCAGAGCUCCGGAAAAGCGUCCACCGAAGGAACUAUCUCUUGUUUUCUUGGGUCUAACCUUUGUUCCACUUGUAGGAUUUUUGAUUGGGCUGCUUCGCCUUGGGGUUAACUUUAAGAAAUUCCCGACAUCAUCAGUCCCUGCUGCAUUUGCUGUACUCUUCCACGUCGGCAUUGCAGCUGUUCUUGGCCUUUAUGCACUUUUCUGGCUGAAGUUGAACCUGUUUACAACACUGAAGUACUUGAGCUUCUUGGGAGUGUUCUUGUUAUUUAUCGGUCACAGGACUCUUUCCCACCUUGCCUCUCCAUCUGCCAAAUUGAAAGCUACCUAACAUGGAGCUUCUUGGAGUGUCCUUGAUUGAAGGGUUUAUGGUCCACAAAUUUAGUUGUGGAAUUCCCCUUUCAGAAAGUUGACAAAAAAUCGUAGAAAUUUAGACUCAAUUUUGUAGAAUUCGGUUUUCUCUUGAGGAAGUGUCAGUUAUAGUGCAGUUCUUUUCUUAUUGUAUACAUGUAUUCACAACUUUGAUCUAAAUAGCAUUUUCUUCAAUGAAGUCUUAUACGGAGUACUCCCUCUGUUUUUUUUCA